AUGGACUCUGGAACUGAAGGCUCAGAGCCCCGCAGCUCAUCCGUGCGACACCCCGCUGACCGGCCGCCCUGCCACCAGAACUCGUUCCCAGAAAGCGGCUCAGAUGUGGAGGAGAAAGCACUGGAAGGGAAAGAGGAGACGUUACUGUCGCCGUUGAGAGAGAGCCGCACCCAAAGGCGAGGGUCAGAGCCCAAGACAGAGGAGGAGGAUCCCAGGGAAAGUGAGCCCAAAAGGGACAGCUGCAUUUCCGGAUCAGAAUCGGAAGGCUGCUCCAGUUGGGAGGGCUCCGGCAAGAGGAAAGUCACUUCCAGCGACAGCACCUGCCCCCCAGCAGCAGGGGCCUCUCCAGCAGGUGAGCGCAGUGUGACUCCGGGAAAGAGGAAACGGACGACGCCGGACUCGGGCCAGGACAGCGAGAGCGAGGAGACCGCGGGUGCCCAGCGCAGGAGACGCGGGGCGCGGGGCGCCGGGCGCGGCCGGCGGAGCAGGUGCAGGUCCCCGGGAGACCGGCCGCCCCCACUUCGGAAGAGGCUGGUGACCGCCGUGCGCGCCCUGUCUGAGGCCGUCCGUCAGGACGUGGCCGGGGCGUGGGAGCAGCGGGAGCGUUCCCCGCUGACGUGGGAGCAGCGCACGGGGCUCGGGCGGCUCUGGGCGCCUCUGUGCGCGGCCUUGCAGACCGUCUACACCAUGGCCAACCAGGCGGCCUACGUGUUCCCUGCAGAGAGCUGGCUCGUCCCAGCCCCGCCGCCGGGCCCCCGGGCUCCAGCUGGGGAUACAGGAGAAGCCCGGGGCUCCCCCCGCGACGGACACGGGGCCUCCCCUCCGCGGGUCGGGAGCGAGGCCGCCCGCGCUGCGUCAGGCACCCGCGCUGCCGCAGAGCUGCGCGCGCAGCCCCCGGGGUGA